AUGAAAAAUUCAACUUUGCUUUUUAAUGCAAUAUCAUCGAUACAACCGACUAAUGAUGUGACUCAUUAUAAAACAAAGCGAAAACCUAAACAUAUUAUCAUUAAAAAAACUGUAGAUGAUGAUGUUAAAAAAAUUGAUUAUUUGGAAGUAGAUACAGUUAAUCUUUCAGUCAUAAAAAAGGAGAAAAUCGAUGAUAUUUUGCAUAGAAUGAGUGUUGGUGCUCUUAAAGGCCCUCUAAACGAUUUAAGAAACCUUGGAAUUAAACAACAAUUUCAUAUUCGUCAAGCAUUAGAAAAAAUGAUCAGCGUUACAAUGAAAGAAAGCUAUGCAGAUAAUACAAACUACGAAUUACAAAAUAUUGAUGAAGCACGAAUCGAAUUAAUGGCAAAGUUUGUUGAUAGCGAAGAAAAAUCAAAUCAAUUGUUAGAUCUAUUCAAAAACAGAUACAAAUUUUUAGAUAUUUCGUUUGAUUUUUCAAAAGAACCGAAAACAGAAGUGAUUUCAGAGAUAAUCAAACUGGACGCUGCUGAUCUUAAAAACGAAGAAAUAUACAAGAGAAUAAUGUUCCAUUUGUCCAUGAUUUUCACUUGUGUCAAGAAAUGUGAAGUAAAAACAGCUGAAUUUAACCAAAUAUCAGACAACAUGGUCAAUAAAUGUAUUUCACUUACUGAGCAGAAUAAGUUUUCUCUUGCAGUUUUAUACGCUUACGCUUUGAUUUUUAGAGAUAAAGAUAGUAAAUUAACUGAAAUUUGCAACAAGCUUCCAAAGAACGAUAGGUUUGCUAUUUCCAUUAAAUUGAGAAGUUUCAUGGAAAAAAGACAAAAAAUCGAAACAAAGAAAGAAUAG